AUGAAUCCUGCUUCGCCUUUCUCGCGGACCACCACUGCUUUGUUACACAGAAAAAGGCUUCCAAGGCCAAUUUACUUUCAACAACAGUUUAACCAUAUAGACCCAAGAUCUUCAAGUUCUCACAAAUCACGUAAACCAGAACUUCUUUCAGGGGAAGGGGUAGACGAACUUUCCAAAGGUCUACUAAGUGACGACCCAGGAUCAAGUUCUCACAAAUCACGUAAACCAGAACUUCUUUCAGGGGAAAAGGUAGACGAACUUUCCAAAGGUCUACUAAAUGACCUCUGGGCACAGAAAUACCGAUUAGCCGAGAAAAUACGUCUCGUUCCACCACCAGAACCCGAACCACACUCAGCAAUUGAAGGAAUCGAGGGAUUGAAACCCGUCGGCGAUAAAUUACGUUCAGUGCAAUUAGGGCUCGCCGCGUACAAACGUUUAAUCACCGAUGUGUAUAUGGGAUUCACCGUGCGCCAGCUACAACAUUAUCUAAAGAGAUAUAAACAUCCUCCGGUAGGUAAUAAGGCCAAAUUGGUAGAGACGAUCAUUAGCGACGUAUGGAAAGUUGAAGAUCCAUACAAGAAAAUCAUUGGUCAAGAAUCUGUGAAAUGCGACGCCAAGGAUUUAUAUUUCUUGAUAGGCCCAGAGGCCGAAACUUUACAAGAAAUUGAACAGAAAACUCCUGUAAAAAUUCGCAUAAACGUUUCCGCGCUUUCUUACACGAUCACUGGGCCUCGAUCAGAACUUCCAAAAGCCAAAGGAAUUAUUGCCGAAUUGACGCAAUACACAUCACGUAUAGUGGAAGUGCCUCCGGACAUAAAGAUAGACGAACGUGCCAUGUCAGAGAUUUUACCCUAUAUACAAGAUAUAUGUAAGAAUUCUGGGGCCUAUGUUGAGAUUGAUGAUGAAAAUAAGCUUGUAAUUUCUGGUCGAACGCCUACGAGUAUCGAUGAAACAAUUCGGCUACUAAAUAUAGCUUGGGCUAAGCCUGAUUACAAUGAAAAUCAUAUAACAAUGUAUAAUAGUAUAACUCGAGGAGCUUUAAACUAUUCUCUAUUUCCCGUACAUGAUUGGCAAUCAAUGUCACUGUUUCUAAGACAUUUAAAUUGGUGGCGUAUCGGAAGAAUUUUCGAUCAAGUCACAGACGCAGCCCUAAUAGACAAACCAACAAUCUCCGAUAAGCUAUCUUUCGUAAACAAGAGUCCAAACAUGAAACAUAUUCAGGCAGAUUUCAACGAUAUCGAAUUUUUGAAGUUCGGCGAGUUUCUUUGGACGUAUCUGGCAGAAAACGAUAAAGAUGACCAGAUAACGAGCAUCUCCGAUGUGGAAAUAUAUUCGGUGUUUGGUCAUAUUUUAUUCCAUGACAAUUCAACAACCAAUCAAAAUUUGUUCAUUCCGCCGCCUAUUCCCCCAUUUGAGUCUCUAUUCAGUUGUGAGGGAUAUACAAAUUGGAUGAAAGAAGUCAAACCUACUCAAUAUUUUUUGGCAAAUUAUCCGUAUUUUGGACUAGUGAAAGAACUUGAACCAAAAUUGACAGCAAAAUUUGUUGAACUUGAAUACAAACUAUCAAAUCAAGAAGAGAAGGAGCAGGAACCCGAGAUAAUAACUACUGCAAAAUCGAAAAUUGAACGCAUCAAAUUAAAAUUUGAACUGGAAAAAGAAAAAAUGAUAUUCAAAUCAAUAGAAGGAUUCAGACAAAAUUUAAUAGUGGACAUGUUACUGAUGGAUAGACCGUCAGAUUUCCGCAUGGUAGCAGCGCGAAGGAUAAAAUUACCAGCCGAUGUGCUUCCGGAUGAUUUUCUUUCAGGAUGUUCAUAUAACAGCACCCAUUUGAAAAAUAUCCAAUGCCCGCAUAUAUUAACAUUUAAAUCGUCCAAUGAUAUUGAAAAACCACCUUCAUACACAUUAAAUCGAGUUUCGUUGCACAAUACUCGAAAUUACGAGUAUAAAGGAUCAUUAUUAGUGGCUGGUAAUACACGGGAGCAAGAAACAGGGGUAAUGAGGAACGAGCUCAGACUAUAUUUUGAUCAAAUUUCCACAUCCACAAAUACAAAAGCAUCAAGAACCACCACCACCGCUAUACGAAAUGGUGUUCUUCCAACGUCGGCUUCACAUCAUCGACAAAAAAAUGAUCAUGACAAAGUUUUAGAUGGUCCACUUGCAGAUUUUUCAUCAUUACUUGACGAUGAUUCGCAUACCACCAAAUCAUCAAAUGACAUCCGGGGAAUAGAUGACAGUGAUUCUUUGGAUGCUUGGUCACCGUUUAAUGAUGAAGAAGAAGAAUCUGAUGAUGAAGUUAAUCUCAUUUCCUUGAAAAAUGAAUCACCAACAAAAGAAGUUUCCUUGAAAAAUGAACCAUCACCAAAAGAAGUUUUCAAUGAUGAAUGGCACACUUUUAUUUCGAAUUGUAUAGAAAUUUCUAAUAAAGAACAAUUUAGUUUUAUUAAUAAAAAGCUUCAUUAA